GGGAUCCACGGGAUCGGGAGGGAUCCAGAGGCUCCUGAUGGGUCUGGAGAGGUUCAGGAUGGGUCUGUGAGAGGUUCAGGGUGGAUCCAGGGAAGGCUGGGAUGGAUCCAGAGGGUCCUGAUGGGUCUGGAGAGGUUCAGGAUGGAUCUGGAGAGGUCUGGGAUGGAUCCAGAGGGUCCUGAUGGAUCUGGAGAGAUUUGGGAUGGAUCCAGGGAAGGUUGGGGUGGAUUCAGAGGGUCCUGAUGGAUCCAGGGAAGGCUGGGAUGGGUCUGGAGAGGUUCAGGAUGGAUCUGGAGAGGUCUGGGAUGGAUCCAGGGAAGGCUGGGAUGGAUCCAGAGGGUCCUGAUGGAUCUGGAGAGGUUCAGGAUGGAUCCAGGGAAGGCUGGGAUGGGUCCAAGGAAGGUUGGGGUGGAUCCAGGGGAAGUUUAGGAUGGAUCUGGAGAGGUUCAGGAUGGAUCCAGGGAAGGUUAGGAUUGAUCCAAAUGGUCCUGAUGGAUCCAGGGGAGGUUCAGGAUGGGUCUGGGAUGGAUCCAGAGGGUCCUGAUGGAUCUGGAGAGGUCUGGGAUGGAUCCAGGGGAAGUUCAGGAUGGAUCCAGAGGGUCCUGUUGGAUCCAGGGAGCCUCUGAAUGGAUCUGGAGAGGUUCAGGAUGGAUCCAGAGGGGUCUGGGAUGGAUCCAGAGGGUCCUGAUGGAUCUGGAGGGGUCUGGGAUGGAUCCAGGGAAGGUUGAGGUGGAUUCAGAGGGUCCUGAUGGAUCCAGGGAAGGCUGGGAUGGGUCUGGAGAGGUUCAGGAUGGAUCUGGAGAGGUCUGGGAUGGAUCCGGGGAAGGUUGGGGUGGAUCCAGAGGGUCCUGGUGUAUCUGGAGAGGUUCAGGAUGGAUCCAGGGAAGGUUAGGAUUGAUCCAUAUGGUCCUGAUGGAUCCAGGGGAGGUUCAGGAUGGGUCUGGGAUGGAUCCAGAGGGUCCUGAUGGAUCUGGAGAGGUCUGGGAUGGAUCCAGGGGAAGUUCAGGAUGGAUCCAGAGGGUCCUGAUGGAUCCAGAGGGGUCUGGGAUGGAUCCAGAGGGUCCUGAUGGAUCUGGAGGGGUCUGGGAUGGAUCCAGGGAAGGUUGGGGUGGAUCCAGAGGGUCCUGGUGGAUCUGGAGAGGUUCAGGAUGGAUCCAGGGAAGGUUGGGGUGGAUCCAGAGGGUCCUGAUGGAUCUGGAGAGGUUCAGGAUGGAUCCAGGGAAGGUUGGGGUGGAUCCAGAGGGGUCUGGGAUGGAUCCCGAGGGUCCUGAUGGAUCUGGAGAGGUUCAGGAGGGAUCUGGAGGGGUCUGGGAUGGAUCCAGGGAAGGUUGGGGUGGAUCCAGAGGGUCCUGGUGGAUCUGGAGAGGUUCAGGAUGGAUCCGGAGGGGUCUGGGAUGGAUCCAGGGCAGCUCCAGACGGAUCCAGAAGUUUGGGAUGGAUCCUGAGGAGUUCCCUCCCAGCUUUAACCCCUCCCUGUUCCAGCCAAUUAUCCCGGCUGGCACUAAUUAUUCCCACCCUCAGAACCCUGGGAAUCCCAGGAUUCCGGGAAUCCCUUGGAAUUCGGGGCUGGAAUGAUGUUUUGGGAUCAAUUGGGGAUUAUUCAGGAGCCGUGGAUUGAAGCUGAACCCGCUCAGGAAUAAAAUUGCCACAUUCCCAGCUGAUUCCAGGGGUGGGAAUUCCCAAAUUCCCAAAUUCCAGCCCCAAACAGCCCCUGGAAGAGCCGGUUUUCCAUGGGAUUCCUUUUCCUUCGGGAUAUUUUAUCGGGAGCUUCCUCCUCUUCCUCCUCCCCAGCCUCUGGAGCUCCUCUUCUUCCUGGAAAAUCCAAUUUAUUUGGGCUGGGCAUGGAUUUUUGGGAAUUCCUGCUGGAUUUAGGAGGAAAAAAAGAGGAAAAUUCAGGAUUAAUCCAAAUUUUUGUGGCUUUUUAUUUUUCCCAUUUAUUUGGGAAUUGUUCCUAUCCCUGGGAUCCCACCCCUGGCAGAAUUCCCACCAGGAAUUGAGAGGGAAAAGUUCAUCUGGAGUUUCCCUCCCGUCCAUUUCCCCCUGGAAAAUUUGCCCAAAAAUUGGGAUUUGGGAUUUUUCUCCCCACCCAGGCCAGGAUUUUCCGGGAUAAUUGGGAAUUCUGACGGUUUUGGCCUGAAUUUAGUGGGAAAAAUUCCAAAAUAUCCGCAGGGAUCCCAUGGGGGCUGAGCCCUGGGAAGCUCCAGGAACUCGUUUUUCCCGUUUAUCCCGAAAUUAUUUGAAUGCUCACAGAAUUCUCUUCCCAGGGAAAGCCUCCGGAGUGGGGUGGGGGGGAUUUUCCGAGGGAUCCUUGUUUUUCUCUGGGAGAUUUUCCUGCUCCCU